AUGAAUACCUCUCUGACAUUUAUCAGCAAUAUUCGAAUUCUGGGUCUCACUUUUGAUGACAAACUAAACUGGCGCCCUCACCUGAAAAAACUCAAAGCAGACUGUUUAUCAAGAAUGAAAAUUAUAAAAACACUCGGAAACAAUACAUGGGGAUCUGAGACAAAAAGUCUUCUCAGAAUUUACAAGUCUCUUAUUCUCUCGGUAAUCGACUAUGGUGCUAUAAUCUACAAUUCCGCAAAAAGUAACACUCUCAACACCAUAAAUCCUAUACACAACCAAGGUAUUCGUCUGGCAACUGGUGCUUUUAGGACUAGCCCGGUAGAUAGUAUCUUGUGUAAUGCUGGUGAACUGACUCUUGAACUUAGACGUCAUACUCAGAUACUUAAAUUCAUAUCAAGAAUCAAAAGUAUGCCCAACCAUAUAGCCAGUAAGAUACUCCAUAAUCCCCUCUCCUACAACUCACCCAACAACAGGAACACAAUUUUUGAAUAUUUCAAAAUUAUCAGUGAAAAUCUCGGCCUUCAAACUCAAACAUUCAGCAAAGUACAACGUCAGUCGCCCCCUUGGCUGUGGUCUCCGAAUAUCAACACUCAACUCAUCAACUACUGCAAACACUCCACUGACAGCAAUAUCAUCCGCAAUCUCUUCUCAGAAAUAGUGUCUCAACAAUACUCCAACAGUACACACAUAUACACUGAUGCAUCCAAAAAUUCUAAUGGAGUGGGCUUUGCAACAAUCAUAGGUCAUGAAAAUCAUAAAUUCUCACUACCCCCUAGCACCAAUAUCUACACAGCAGAAACUUAUGCCAUCCUUGAAGCACUGAAAAUCGCCUCCUCCUCAAAUUCAGAUUCUUUCACCAUCAUAGGCGACUCUUUGAGUGCUUUAAUAUCUAUCUAA